GGGGCAUAUUAGUUACUUUUUAGUGUUUUAUUUGUGAGUUUUGUUGAGUCGUAAAUGAUUUUGUAUAUGUUUUUAUCUGCAGACACACAGUUGGCAACUAAGAUGUUUAUACGAAUGGAGGAGAAGUACAAAGUGGACUCUUCAGGCCACAGAAAUCUUAGAGCCACUGGUUUGGGAGGAAAGUUAUUACCGGUAUUGCUGAAUCCUUUGAAUUGGCUUCGGAAUUUGGAUUGUUGAAUACUGUCUCCGCUGCUUGUAAAAACAGUGGGGUCAGUAUCAGCAUGAAUAUAACAAGACCGACUCACUUUGAUGAUGUGUCUGCAUCUGCAUAUGUGAAAGAUGUGCCGGAUGAAAUGUUAUGUCGCCUUGGGCGGUUAGCACCAAAAGAUCUCACGGCACAAGAAAGAGUUAGGUUCCUGGAACAAUUGGUAGCAUCAGUACCAGAUGAUCAUAAUAGUGAAUUCAGUGUUGAACCCAAAGCCAGUACAAGUAGCGCUGGUGCCAGUGACAGAAAUAGAUGUGACACACUUGGAGAUGACAUGGAGCUGGACACACAAGAUGACAUAGAUUCAGUAUUUUCAAUGACCACUCACUCCAGUUGGUCAAGCCAGAGUCAUCAGUCACAAGUGAGAAUAAACUGGACUGAAUGUCAAGUCCGCCUGCUCAUUACUCUGCGGCAGCAGUAUGAGCAUUUGUUUACUAGCAGCAUCGUCACCCAGAAGCAGGCUUGGAAGAAAGUAGCCGACGAAAUGACUGAGAAAGGUUACUGCUACUCUGGGGAUGAAUGCCAGAGGAAAUUCGGUUCCUUGAGGCUAAGAUAUUAUGAUUUCACUGGUACUCAGUUCAAACAAGAAAUGGUAUACAAGACAAUAAAGGACCGUAAUAACAAGACUGGCAGGGGCAGGUCAACAUGGAAAUUCUUCAGUCUCAUGGAUGAGAUGUAUGCUGGGGAUCCAGCAGUUGAACCUGCUGAAGUCAGUAGCCUUCAGAAUCCGAAAAAUCUAACCAGGGCCCCAAAUAGUCCAGAGAGGGAAAGAAGCGACUGUGUAAUGCGUUAUGAUUCUCCUAAUACAUCCAACAGCAAGAAGGCCCCUGCCAAGACAACACCUAAAACUCCUGUAUCUAGGAGAGGCACAGCCUCACUGGCGGAUCUAUCGGAAAUGAGAGAACAACAGAAGAAACAGCAUGAAGAGAGAAUGGAGGUGGAGAAGAAAAAGAUUAGCAAUUGA